AUGCCGCCCAGGAUAGACUUAAAAACCCAGGAGGAGAAGAGCGGCUCAGAGGGCACCGAGCCCGCCCUCCACCGGUAUAGAACCAAUAUAGAUCUGCUCACAGGACACAGCCAGGGCACAGAGCUGGCAUGGAAGUUUACAUCCUGGAUCCAAAUCUGGGGCUGGUCCACGAAGCAGAUCUUAUACACGCUUGUUUCUGGGUCAGUAGGGCAGCAGCAGCAGCAGCAGCAGCAGCAGCAGCAGCAGCACGUUCAGCUCACAUGGACAUUCCUCUCCCUGUGA